CAAACAAGAGGCCAAGCACCGACACACCACCCACUUGAAAAAAAAAACGAAAAUUCCAGAUCUGCUCUGUUCCUCUCCAUCCGCUGCUCUUGGUGUGGGUGCGAAUUUCUCCGAUUUCUGAUCCCGAAAUUCCCAUGCACUUCCCACCGGCCUUUCCCAAACUGCAGCUCCGGUUUUUGCUUGCUAAAUUCUAGUAUGUGACAGCUCCAUCUAAGUCCAAAUUUACCCAUUAGUUGCUAAAAUUAUCCAGUUGAUUGCUGCCCUGCACUAUCCGAAUUUUUGUUGAAUUAGGGGGAUGAAUUCUGGUAGCAUUAGAACAAAUUUAAGCAUUAAUUCAAGUAGAAUUUAUGUGAUUGAGUGUUAAUUGACUGCUGUGAGAUUUUAGAGAAAAAAUCCAGUGAAAUUAGCCAUUGAUUGUCAAAGCCGGCUCCCCCAUGUUGUUGUCCGUGAUUGGAGAAUUUUGCAUAUGCGUGUUAUGUACAUAUAUAUAAAUGCACAAUCUGAUUUUUGUGCUCAAUUUCAGAUAGAAGAAAAAAUAAGGAUAAAUAAAUAAAGAAGUGAGGUCUCUUUAUGGGAUUAAUGGCAGGCAACAAUAAGAAGGUUCUUGACUGUUCUGUCACCCUAGCACUUGGAGUGAAUUUUCUGUAUUAUGUGAUUGAGUGGGAGUUUGAAACGCUAGCACAUGUUGACAUGUUUACCGAUAAGACCGGUUCAUUCUAUAAUCCUGCCAAUGGGAUAAUACAUUGGUUAUUACUGAAAUUGACGCCUGCCAGUGGGAGUUGUUAAACAUUGGCCAUGACUUAUAGAUGAGACUACUACUGAAUUUUAUUUUACAUUAAUGGUUUAUCAUUGAACGCUUUGUUAUUGACUUAUAGAUGAGACUACUACUGAAUCUUAUUCUGCAUUAACGGUUUAUCAUUGAAUGUUUUGUUAUGUUAAAUUGUUUAUUAGGCAUGCUAAAAUUUUACUCAUAGGCUACCCAUAUUUUUACUUACUGAGAUAUCUUAUCUCAUAGUUUUCCUUGUCCACCAUUUCAGGAAGUGAGACCACCAUUUCAGGAAGUGAGACCUGAGGCAUGGUUAACCAGGGGAAGUGACGAGCUAGAUGACUAGUCAGUAUUUUGGACUUAGAUCCUUUUUGGGCUUAGGUCGUUAGCCACACAUGCUUGACAUAGAUGUGAACUGAUAAAUCCUUUUUUUUGUAUACUAAGUUUCUUUUGGUUAUAGCUAUCACUGUCUUAUAAACUUUUGUACAUCUA